UCACUUUCCCAUGGUUAUUGGUAUUUUCUUUUUGCUUUUGCGGCUUAGAUUAUAUUUGGCGGUAAAAGUGAACAUUAGCCCCUUCUUCUCCGGCGGCGGCGGCGAGUAAAAAUGGAGGAAAACGUCGAAAUAGAAGCCGGAGAAAUCAAUGAGUAUGAAAGUUGGCCAGCAGCAAUGCGUUUCGAUACCCCCCCUUAUAAAACCCAUCAUUUUUAUAAACAUUUCAGAUCAACUUCUUCUAACCCUAAUAACUUCCUCAAAGGCGUUAAAUGGUCGCCGGAUGGUUCGUGUUUUUUAACGACUUCUGAUGAUAAUACACUUAGUUUAUUCAAUCUACCAGAUUAUGAAAGCUCUGCAGCUGAAACCGAUUGUUCUUUAUCUACUUUUGAAGAUUCAUUUCCUGCAAACCUUGCUAUAACCGAGGGAGAAGCCAUAUAUGAUUAUUGCUGGUACCCUUACAUGUCUGCGUCAGACCCAGUAACUUGUGUGUUUGCAACUACCACGCGGGACCAUCCUAUUCAUCUAUGGGAUAUUAGCACAGGCCAGUUACGCUGUACCUAUCGGGCAUAUGAUAACAUGGAUGAAAUUACUGCUGCCUUUUCAAUCGGUUUCAACCCAACAGGAACGAAGAUAUUUGCUGGCUACAAUAAAUCCAUCAGGAUUUUUGAUAUCCAUCGCCCUGGUAGAGAUUUUGAGCAACGUUCUACCAUUCAAGGAAACAAGGAAGGCCAAUCAGGAAUCAUAUCUUCAAUUGCCUUUUCCCCAAGUCAUACGGGGAUGCUUGCGACAGGGUCCUACAGCCAAACGACAGCUAUACAUAGGGAAGAUAAUAUGGAACUCUUGUAUGUUUUACACGGUCAAGAAGGAGGAGUUACGCAUGUUCAGUUCUCCAAAGAUGGAAACUAUCUUUAUACAGGGGGACGCAAGGAUCCAUAUAUAUUAUGCUGGGAUAUACGCAAGACAGUUGAAAUUGUAUACAAGUUAUAUAGAUCAUCAGAAACGACCAAUCAGCGUAUACAGUUUGACACCGAGCCGUACGGUCGAUAUCUUGGAACUGGUGGACAGGAUGGUUUGGUACAUAUAUAUGAUCUUCAAACGGGUCAAUGGGUCUCGAGUUUUCAAGCCGCAUCAGAUACUGUUAGUGGUUUUUCUUUCCAUCCUUUGUUGCCAAUGGCCGCCACUGCAUCAGGACACCGCAGAUUUGGAGCACUUGACGAGUCUGAUGAAGAUCUUUGUUUAAGUUUACGAGAUGACGAAAACUGUGCUUCAGUUUGGAGUUUCUCCGUAUAUUCAGCUGAGGAUUAUGCAGCAAACACAGACCCUGUAGACUUAAAUGAUCAAUUUGAUCACCAAAGCCCGUCUCAAGACCCAUGACCUGAUUUCUUGUUCCAGGUCAAAACUUUUCAUUGUUCCGAAUUCAUAUUUUUGUGACAGUUUGUGCAAUGCUGCAAGCCUCUCAAGUUAAGGAGCAAUUUUAACAUAUAUUUCAAUUUGUUCUUCAUGUUUCAGUUAUAUAUUUUUAUCUUCCUUUUUGUAA